AUGGCCGACGAGCCAGGGGCCAUCGGAGACCACCACCCUCGGGUGGCCGAGGUCAGCCAAGCGGUGUCCCGGCACCUCGACCGCCUGCAGGACGGGUCCCGGCAGUCCCGCUUGCAGGCGCUGGCCGGGCUCCGCGCGGCGGUCCUGGAGCGGCCGCUGCCGCCGCCGGUGCUCCAGGAGGUGUUCGCCAAGGAGAUGCUCCGGCCUCUGGCGCGCUGCCUGGUGGCCGACCCGGCCGAGCGCUGCCGGGAGCUGGCGCUGGAGCUGACCCGCCACGGCGUGAGCCAGGGCAGCCGGCCGGAGCAGGCGCUGCCCUUCCUGGUGCCGGCGCUGGCGCAGCGCCUGGGCCUCCCGCCGGGCGAAGGCGAGCCGUGCGAGGAGCUGCGCCUGGGCCUCCUGCAGCUGCUCAGCCUCCUGCUGCAGGCGUGCCGGGGAGACGCCCUGGCGCCUUACCUGCCCGAGCUGGUGCGCGCCCUGCGCAGCGCCCUCCUCGACCCGUAUCCGCAGGCCAAGCGAGAGGGCUGCGCGGGAGCCGCCGCCUGCGCCAAGGCCAUGCCAGGUGCGCGCAGGGGGGAGAUGCGUGUGGGGUUGAGGAAGGGGCUGCCUGGGGGACUGGCGGGUGGGGAGGGUGCAGAGAAGAAGCCUGGCUUGGGGGGGGGGAGGAAAGGGGGCCAGGGCACUUUGAAGAACAGUGGAGAAAAGGUGUUUGUUCCCCCCCCCCCAGCUGGAGUUGGGUUGCUAUAGGUAAAGGAAAAAGGUAAAGGACCCCUGGACGGUUAAGUCCAGUCAAAAGCGACUAUGGGGUUGCGGCGCUCAUCUCGCUUUUAGGCCGAGGGAGCUGGCGUUUGUCCCAAGACAGCUUUCCGGGUCAUGCGACCAGCAUGCCUAAACUGCUUCUGGUGCAGCGGGACACCGUGACGUGAAACCAAAGCGCAAGGAAAUGAUGUUUACCUUCCCGCCGCAGCAGUACCUAUUUAUCUACUUGCACUGGCGUGCUUUCGAAGUGCUAGGUUGGCAGGAGCUGGGACAGAGCAACGGGAGCUCAACUCGUCAUACGGAUUUGAACCACCAACCUUCUGAUCGGCAAGCCCAAGAGGCUCCGUGGUUUAGACCACAGCGCAAAUUCAUUCACAGAAUCACAGAUUUGUAGAGUUGGGAGGGGCCACGGGGGGGGGAUUGUACAUCCAACCCCUACCAUGCAGGAAUCUUUCACCCAACGUGGGACUCCACAAACUCAAGACCCUGAUAUGAAAAGUCUCGUGGUCUACUGACUGAGCUAUCCUGUUUCAUUUAAAAUAAAUCUCAAAGCGGUUUACCAAAAGGUAAAACCGUAAAAUCAAGAAAUAAGAAACCUCAACCCUUCCUUAAAACAUGCAAAAGUUAACCGGCUAAAAUAGAUUGAAAUUACCUCAACUUUCUAAGUAUCCAGGUACACGUGGCUGCAACAGGAAUGUUUAUAGCAGGUGCCAAAAAAGAGUGUGGCAAGACCUGCUUGAUCUCCAUAGGCAAGGUGUUCCCAAGUGCAGGCGCUGCCACACAAAGUGUUUGAAUUUGUAGUGCAGGUAUUAUAUGGCACCUGUGAAAGUGCCAGUUGUGCCAAUCAAAGCAGUCAAGUGGGCACAUGCGGGCGGGGUAAGGCGAUCUUGUAGGUAAACUGGUCACAAGUUGAUAGGGGCUUCAUCUACUGAUAGUAACACCUUGAACUUGGCCCAGCAGCAAAUCGGCAACCAGUGCAGAUCUCUGAGGUGUUAUAUGCUGACAAGGCCUUACUCCUUACUCCUUACUGCUGCAGCAUUCUAGACUAAUUGCAGCUUCCAGAUCAAGCAUGAGGGAAGCCCUACACAUCACUGUUCCUUCUCUUAGGACAAAUGAAGUUGCAUAAGAAAAUGAGUCUCCUGAAUUAGGCCCAGGGGCCCAUCUGAUCCAGCAUCCUCUUCUCACAGUGGCAGUAGUACUCUGCUCACCAGUGAUCCCAGCGAAUGGUGUUCAGAGGCAUAAUGCCACUUAUAGUGGAGAUGGAACAGGAGCCCUGUUUCUGGCCACUUCCAUGCCAUAUGUUUCAAGCACAUGGCUUCUCCCCUAAAAAGAAUCCUGGGAACUCUGGUUUGUUCAGGGUGCUAGCAAUUGUAGUUCUAUUUCAGGGAAGCCAUGUGCUUUAAAUUAAUAUGGUGUGGAUGUGAUCCCCCUACCCACAUUUGCACUUAGGGAAAGGGCCGCAGCUCCUUGGUAGAGCAUCUGCUUUGCAUGUAGAAGGUCCCAGGUUCAGCCCCUGGUAUCUCCUGGUAGGGCUGGAAAAGAACCCAGCCUAGAACCCUGGAGCAUUGCUGCCAGUCAGUGUAGGCCAGGGGUUCCCAACUAUGGGGACACAUUUGGAAACGAGAAACUCCUGUGGGCACCACAGUACACACCUACAACUAAAAUCUGCUAUCAAACCUAAUUUUGUAUAUGUGCCCUGGGGGUGGGGAGGACCCUGUGAGUGCCAGAGAAGGCAUCUGUGGGCAUAUGUUAGUGACCCCCCGUGUGGCAAAUAAUACUGAGCUAGAGGACUGCUUCUGUAUAUAAGGCAACUACAUCUUACUAAAAGACCACAGGAGAAGUGAAAACUUAACAGCCUGGGUUGCUUUUGUCUUUAAGAGCAGCAGACUGAAGAAGCCAAGUCAUAGGUGGUGUCAGAAGAGGAUGGGCAGUCACCCCCAAGAGACGUAAUCUGCCCCCCCAUGGCUAAACCAGUAUGCUGGACCCUAUCUGAAGGCAAUUUGCACAUAUAAACUGGAAAUCAAAAUAAUGCACUCAUCUAUGCUUACUUGAAGGUUAAAACACGAUUUAAAUCAAUAACAUUUAUUCAUAAGAAACAUGUUUAAGACAAGAAUGUUGAUGUGAAAUAGUUCUCUAUCAAAAAUGUAUGAUAAAGCUCACCUUGGCCCCACUUUGACCUUUCUGUGACCUCCCAUUUCCACCGCCCCCUGCAGAAAAUACAGAAAAAGGCAGCUGAAAUGAAAUCUUUCAGUAAGAUUAAGCUUGCUGUUCUACCAUUCCACAGCACCCUUACAGAUUCAUUGGAGGCUGUAUAUUGGUAGUGUCCAAGUCUUUGCUCAGCAUUCUAUUAUAAAACAGUGCACACACCUAACUACACUACUUCACCAGGAGUAACAUAAUUUUUCUUUAUUUUCCUCUGCCAGAUACCUUUCACAUGCAGUCAGAAAGUUUGAUCAAUCCCUUAAUGCAAGCAAUUUCCCACCAACACUAUAGAGUCCGUGUUGCUGUCAUUCAGGCUACAGGAGCAGUGAUUCAGUAUGGCAAUGUGAAGUCUCUGGACGAUGUGCUUUCUCACCUAGCCCAGCGGUGUUUUGAUGAGAUCCCACAGGUAACUUGGUUCUGGCUAAAUUGUAAUCCAAGCAGUUAUUUCUUGAAGAUACAUGUGAGAGACCAUAUUUAAUAUUUAAUUUUAGCACUGCAAUCUUGGAACAGUUUUUCUCUUUAGUUUUUUACUGUCAGAUUUCCAAGACUGUUUUAAGAUUUUCCUGUUUGAAAUGAGGCUUUUAAAACUAAAUUUAUGGAACACCAGUUUGCGUGUUAUGAUGAAGGAUAAAGUAAAAGCCUGCCUGGGUUAUAUUUCCUUUUAUUUCUUAUUUAUUUAUUUAAUUUAUAUACCACCCUUCAUUCAAAGAUCACAGGGUGGUUUACAGUAUAAAACCACAAAAACACAUAACAUAAUAACAAACAAACCCCUCCCCCUCCAUCUCAAAGAACUUGCAGGGAUGUAUGAAGAAAGCUGAAUCUUUAUUUUUAAAAGAAGUUUAACCGAAACCUCAGGCUGCAUGAGUUAUGGGUUGUUGUUUUUUUUAAAAAAAGUAGUACAAUGAUCUGUUUUUAUAUUUGAUGGAUGUAAAUGUGUCAUACAUUGCUUUUAAAUAUUUCUAGGUUAGAGAGGCUGUUACCAGUGUCACUGGAGAGUGGCUACUGCACCUGCGGGAUAGAUACUCUUAUUUUCACAAGUUAAUUCCUCUGUUACUCAGUGGCCUUACUGACGAAAUACAUGAAAACAAGUAAGUAGAGCUCAGAAUCCAGUUUAUGCUCUAUUUGGAUGUUGCAGGUCAUGUAUUAAAAUAGAGAGUGGGACCAUGCUGUCUAGCUCUACAACUGAAAUGGUGUGUUUGUCCAUCGCUAAUGUAUGUGCAUUGAAAUGAAUGAAGGUGGAAGCUGUAUGCACAAAGGCUUCCAGUCAGAAAGUAACAUUUCCUGCUGUACGCAAACCGAAGGCUCAGAAUACUUGCUUUCCUUCUGUUUCUCAAGCAUCUGCCAAAUGAAGACACAUCCAAGUACCUAAGGAUCUCUCAUUACUUGAUGACUCUCAGCUGAAUUCUUUUUUUUUUACCUCUGCACUGAAAAGUAUGUCCUUUGAGUUGAAAUAGGCAAUAUGAAAGGUCAGUCUAUUCUGAUUAAUCUGUGAUGGCUCAUUCGCACAUGCAGAUUGUCCUUUGACGCUACAUUCAGUGACUGGCACAUGUACGACAUUACAGGGACCUUAGAUAUGCAGCUGUGGAGAUUGCCUCAGAGUAUGAUUUUUUUUAAAAAAAAAAAUCAGCACUUUCAGAUUUGCUGAAAAGGAAUAUUGUUGUUUUUAAGUGACACAUUUGUUAAACUUCUUUGUGUAUGUUAUAUAUAAUGUGUGUUUUUGAUGCCUUUGUUUUACUCUUAGGGAACUGGCUCUAACUUAUUGGAAGAAAGUAGGCUCGCAAUGGGAAAAAGAAAACGAGACCGAUAUUAAAGAUAAACUUGACUUCUAUGUUGUACCAUCUUAUUAUCCUCCAGGAUGUGAGUAUAAUGAAAAAAUGUUCAGGGUGCAAAUUUCUUGUCCCGUUAUUAUCUCCACAAGCCUGUAAUGAGCAGCUAUUUGAUAUGGCAGGUACAAAGCAUCUCUUAAUGAGAAAGUAAAAUGCAAACGUUUUGAAAUAUUUGGAAAUUUAACGUGUUCUUUUAAAAUUUGAAAUAUUAUAAAAAACAAAAUGUUUGUCUAUUAGAUAAUCUCUUUGUAGUUAGGGGUCAUGUGAUGAUAGAGUACUUAGUAGCUUUGGUAAGACUACUGUAAUAAUUUGAGGCAUAACAGCCAAGCGGGUGCUGGAGGAUAAAUUGUUAUGCAGCAGAGAUAGCUGGUGAGUAAUAACAAGCAUUAAGGGAUCUGUGUGAGACAAUGUUCUUUGCAAAACAAGUGUAGAUCACAAGGUUGGGCAAACCCCCAACUGCCUAGCUGAACUGAGAUUUUUCAUGCAUCGUGCCUUCUAACAUCUUGUAAUUGCAUCUCCUGUGGAAAGAUUUAUGGACCUUUUUAGACAACUGACCCGAUAAUUUUUCACUGUAUCUUUUAAGAAGUUCAAAACAGGUUUGUAGAAUGGUUCUUGUUGUCUCUGCCUUUACUAAAGAAUUGUACGAGACAAGCUCUUACCUGGCUGUGACAACUUUAACAGUGGCCAGUCUUUUUGGCAAGCCUUUUGUGAUGUAAGAUGAGGCCAAAGUAUGAGAAAUUGCUGCUUUUAUGCAGUACAUGAGAGGUUUCUGUGCUCUGGUGUAAUUUUAGUUUAUUGAGCUGGGGGCUAGCACACCUGGGACACCAAGGCAGGAGUAUAUGAAUAGCCAGGGCUACAGGUCCUUCUACCUUUGCCCCAAAUGACUGCAGCUUGUGCAACAUGUGGUGCCUGUGCUACAGGCUGACUCCUGAUGAUUUAACAUGUUUAACAGACGUCUUCAAUGGUAGUAGCAAAUGCUUCCUCAUUUUACAUUUGGGGCAUUUUCAGAACUCCUGGACCUGGUGAAAUUCACUAAAGUUUAUUUUGAUGUUUUCUGUAAACAACCUGUUGGGGAAAUAUUUGGCACAGUUUAUGGCACCUUUUCCCUUUUUUAUUCAAGUUGUAAAGCACAAUUGAUUUGAAAAUUCCAAAAAAAUAAAUAAAUACAAGAACAAAUCCCUUUACCAAGUUACAUAAAGUACAGGCAGCUCCCCAUUUAUGCAGGGGUUACAAGAUAGGGGUUUAUGUACACAUCACAGUGUUAGUUAGAUCAAGGCAAGACGUACAGUCUAAUCAUGCCAGUGCCAACACAUUAUAAACAUUAUAAACAUAUUAGGUUCCAAGGCACCCAGUUUAAUCUCCAACAUCCAUGUAACAGGUACAUUUCAGUAUCUGCUUCACUCUCUAGGUAAAUGGUUUCUGAAGAACUUCACCUCCAAAAUGCAGACCACCCGUUUCCUUCCUCCCCCUGCCCCUGAAUUUUUCUCUCUAACCCCAGUUUUUCUAGCUGCAAGCUAAUGAACCUGACACCUCUGCCUCAGUGUGCUUUGAUCUCCCGUUGACAGAGAUUGCAGGUCAGGGUGAAAAGCAAAGAAGGAACUGAAAGCCAUCCUGACAAUAGGGCGACUUUCCACUGAGAAGAAGAAGAAAGCAUUGCCUUAGGAUAGGGGUGCAGACAGGUUAGGAAAAGGUAGGGGGCAGCGGAGAAGCCUUUGACAGGAGUGAGAUAUGCGGAUGAAAUAGCUGCAUUUGUGCAUCAGAAAUGAAGGGAACUGUUGAAAAGGACCAGUCAAAAAUCAUUGGGGGGUGGGGGGGUGGGAGAUGCCUCUGGUCAAAUGGGAUGCCACUCUCUAUCUUUGUCUUCUCAGGCAGGAUUUCUGAAUUUGACCUCUUUGUUUUUCUGCUGUCAAUUUCCAUAAUCCAAAUGCUCUCUUCCAUGACAAAAAGAAGCCUUAGUUCAGAGUGCCUUUGAAGAUCCUUCCCUUUAAGUAGGUGCUUCACAAACACUUCUGUGUUCUGCAUCCUGUUUAAGUUUUACAUCAGGGUUUUUUUUUAUUAUUUGUACAGCCACACAAGUAGAGGGCCUCAUGCAAAACUGCAGUAUGCUUGAGGGCUUUCUUUUGUGAGAGUCUGCUCCUUCAGUCAAUUCCAUUUUACCAACAACCCCCCCUCCUAUUAGCAUUGUCUUCAUUUAUCUUUAUUUCAGAACUGCAUGUCCUGCCUCUAUGUUUUCUUUUUUAAAAAAUAAAAUGUUCAAAGUGGUGCACAAUACAUCCUAAUAAAAAAUGAGAAGACCUUUUGAAAUACAGUUUAUUUAAAAACUCAAAGCUGCAAAACUGAAAAAAAUAGAAGCAAGCAUCAAACAAUAAAAAUAAAUAAAUGAGAAAAUACCCUGAAAUAAAUAAAAUGGCCUAUGUAAGAGUUCUCUGCAGAUUAGAUAACAAAGUGUUGUUUCUUAAAACCUUGGGCAGAUUAAAAAGGACAUGGUAUCUAAAAAUUUAAAAGGGAAGUGCUGGACGGAUCAUUCAGUCAGGAGGGAAAACUGCAUAAGCAUUGGUGCCACCACCAAAUAAGGCCCUGUCUCUGGUUGCCAUCCACUUCUCCUCUGAAGGUGGGAUACUCAAACUCUUAAUGUUUGAACGGAGCGCUAGGCUGUAGCAGUUUACGUUAUAAGAAAUAAAGUAUCCCAUUGCCCUUUUCUUAGGGCCUUGCUUGUGUCUUUUACAUCUGGAUUGUAAAUGACACCUCAUUAGUCUUGAAUUGCCUAUAGCUGCUGUUCACAGUUCAUGCCAGACUGCCAAAAGAAUGUUAUGUCCACCCAUCAAGAGUGUCCAGCCAAAUCACAGGCUGUUUCGAUAGAGCUGACUUGUUAGCUCUGCCAGCAAAGGUAAUUAAAACUAUACAUCCUACAAAACAGACGGAUAUCAGGAAAAGGUUUUAAAAAUCGUACUGGCAAUGUUGGAAAAGAGCAACAACAGUAACAUCCUGAGAAAGAAUAAAGCCAUAUUCUGAGGUUUCUGAAUCAAACACCAGAGCAGUUUUGGAGGAUGGGGGAGGGAAUAGGACAUUGGAGAGAUCCUUUUCAGGGUUUUGCAAUGGAAAAUGUCAGAAAAGUGAGCGAUAAGGUGCAUCUGGAGCAUUUUAAAAAAUCACAUUACGGGAUAUUUGUAGACCUAUUUACAUAUAUAAGGGUGCUGGCUAAGGUUCAUAUUUUUCCACAUGUAUGCAGAAGGCUGCAUAUAAACUGGAGGUUCAUGUGUACUUUUUUAGGUACCCUUUCUGUGAUACCUUUUAUCAUGACUGGUCCAAAUAGGGCUGCUGUGGUCACGGCAGUCGCAGGUCAUCUCUUUUCUGUGUACCACCACUUUCCAAUACUACUUUGUCCAUGCAAAUAGUUGGGUGUGCAGGUAGAAGGUUUGGUAACAGCACCACCUAUGUGAGCUUACCCUUUCUUUUUGCGAGAUUACAGUAUUUCAUUUCCUUUUGAUGCAUUCGCAAACAAAAUGUGCUUAGUGAUUUGGGUAUAGCUUGCGUACUCUAGUUCCAUUGUAGGCAUACCUGUUGUGACUCAAGAACUUAAAAACAUACAGCUGUUUCACAGGCCUUUCCCUAACCCUGAAUUCUCACUCUCUUUUUUUUCUUUAAUUUUUUUCUUUCACUCUAGUGACUCGUCCAGAUCUGGGAUGUCGGGAGCUGGUGAUCAGAAACAUCUUCAAAAUACUUCCUGGUCUCUGCCAUGAUAUAACUGACUGGGUUGAGGGCACCAGAAUAAAGGCAUCACAGCUUCUGGUUAUAUUAUUGCAACAUGUAGAGGACCACAUCACACAGCACAUGGAACUCCUCCUUAGAACUCUGUACCGGGUGUGCUCAGAUGAGGAAAGUAAUGUGACUAGGAAUGUAAGUCUGCAAAUUUCAAAUUCACCCCCUUUGUGAAACACGGUUUCCAGAAAGAUUUCUGCUUCUCUGAGACCUGGUUUAGCAUGUUAAUGGACUUGUCUUUGGUAAAACUAAAAAGUUGGCUUAACGUUACACACUUCAUAAAUAUUCUAAAAGUUUUCCUAAUAGCUAAAUAACUGUGUGUGGUUUAAAUGUUAGGUUCAAACAAAUUCAAAGCUUUACUUGGAACAUUUAUUGGAACAUUUGUUUCUUGGAACAUUUGUAAAUAUUUUAAGAGAUAACUCAGUAGCACAGAUUUCCCUUGCAUUGUUUAGAUUAUGAGAGGGGAGGACAGGACUGUUUAUACUAAUUUUAGCAUUCCUGAAAUGCUGCAGUGCAUAAAUAUAUUUGUUUCCUAGGAAAAGAAGUUAAUUAUUAUAAUUUUUAUUUUAGAUUUGACUAAUACUGUAUCCAUUCAAAUUUGAUUUGAUUGUGUCCAUUCGUUUAGUUAUUGAUUUGUUUUUAUGAUAGGAAUCAUAAAAGUGAAAAAAUUUCCAUGGAGAAAUCCAGCUGGAAAUUUUCUGGAAACGGUUUUUUGGUUUUUUUUUCUUUCCAUUUUAGUAAAUUCUCUGCAGAGACCUUUUCACCACACAUAACUGUGCUCCAUGGUUGUUAACCAUAGUAAACCUAGCACAACCAAGUCCUAGAUGUUUUUCUUCCUGCAUGCUACGCAAUUUUUUUGAACGUGUGGGAGACAGUCCAGGAUGGUAAUCCACUUGUGGAUCAUCCUUGCUAGAUCAGGGCAGAUAGGAAACUUAUACAGGCACUCAUAAACUAAAUGUAUAUCUUUUCGAUUAUACAGAUCAAUGGUGAGAUUGUUCCAAGUAUCACCUGUGGUGAGGGCCAAGUGAAGCAUUAACAGCCUCUUAAAAAUCAUAAGCAGGAGAUUAAAGUGUAAAUGCUUGGGGGGAUAAAUUCCAUUUCAAAACUAUGUGCAGUUCAUGCCCUUUCUAGUUAAUUUCACGUUAUCUUUUUCUCCCUCUUUCUGCUGCAUAAUCCUCCCACAAUAUUAAAGUAUGUGUGUUCCAUGUGAUACCUUUAAUCGGUGUUCAGACAUGGCAAGUUUAGGCUUCCUUCCUGCUGUUUUCCUUUGUCUUUGUGGAAGCAAUAAUUAAUCCACUUUAUUAUUUGCAGUAGGUGCCAUUUAAAACCCAACCUUAAGAAAGCUUGCAUGCUUAUUUAGCAGCACAGCAUGUGAACAGUAAAAAAGACACUCCUAGGGGUAAAAAUAAUGCUUAAGGAUCUUCUUUCCCAUUUCAUAAUGUUAGUAAAACUUGCAAGCAAAACUAUAAAUGAUAAUGUUGAUGAAGAGAAUAUUGCAUUUUUGUCCAUUUCUGAAAAAUCAAUAAGCGAAUUGGAUUUGAAUGGCUACUCAUUUGUAGUGUUCCAAAGCUCGUGUGUGCAGGAAUGGCAUAGAGAAAAAGUCUAUCAAUGGCUGCUAGUCAUGAUGGCUGUAUUGAACCUCUGGGAUUCAAAGGCAGUAUGUCUGUCAGUAUCAGUUGCUGGGAGAAGCAACAGGAAAAGGCAACUCUUUUUGUGUCCUGCCCAAGGGCUUCCCCAAGGCAUCACUUUGGCCUCUGUGGGGAUUCUGGUCUGAUCUAGUAGGCUUCUUCUUUCGUUCUUAGGAUUUGCCAUUCUUCCUCGCUAAAAAGUAAAAAGUUGGGCUCAAUUUGAGGCAACACCCCAAACCAUGGUUAAGGAAGCUUACUAUGGUGUGGCAUGGUAUCUGAAUGGACAGAUCGUGGUUUGUUAGUAGCCAGUAAACCAGAAUGUGAAAGCAUGGCUUACAGUAGGUUUGUAAGCCAUCAAUAUGCUAUUUGGCAUGAUGCCUGUUUGAGAGGUUGGUGCUGAAAGAAGGCAUCUGAGCACUCGUUUUGAGCUUCUUUGAUACAUGUCAAGAAAACUUUGUCAUCCAUAAAAUUAUGAGCGAAAGAGUGGAAAGGCCUACAAGGCAAUUUCUGAAGCAUUUUUUAAAAAAUGAGCAAAGGCAAACAACCUAGUGUCCUCAGUUUUUGUUUUUAAAAUGGCCACGUUGAAUUUGUUUGGUCCUUUGCCUCUCAUAAUCUGGGCAACGUGUUUGUGUUCCCUUUCAUAGUGUGUGAAUGCAGCAGAGCUGAUUGGCGCCUUUGUCAGCCCAGCGGUAUCUCUGAAGUUAAUCACGUCUGACCUCAAAAAAGUGCCUAUGCCAUCCUACCUCAUGGUUCUAGCGGCAGUUAUAAGGGGUUCGCCAAGGAAAGUCUUGCAGCCUCAUUUGGUGUACCUUGCCAGCACACUGGACUGCCCUGAAAUAAGACAGCGGUCUGAAGAGGUAAGGAGAAUGCAAAAUAAGCUGCAAUUAUAGACAGUAUCCAGAUCCUGUAAGUCUUUGAAGUCUUGUCUCAGAUAGUUCCUUAGGCUUGAUGCAUUGCAUUGCAUUACAUUGCAUUGCAUUACAUUACAUUACAUACCGCCCUUCAUCCGCAACCAUUUUUAGGGCAGCUUUGGUAACAGUAAUCAGAAUCAUCGAGUUGGAAGGGACCCCUGGGGUCAUCUAGUCCAACCCCAGUCCAGUCUCAGCUAAAGCAUCCAUGACAGAUGGCCAUCCAACCUCUGCUUAAAAACCUCCAAUGAAGGAGAGUCCACAAUAUCCCAAGGGAUUUUGUUACACUGUCAAAGAACUCUUACUGUCUGAAAGUUAUUCCUGAUGUUUAGGAGGAACUUGUAACUUGAAUCCAUUGGUUCAGGUCCUAGCCUCUGGAGCAGGAGAAAGCAAACUGGUUCCCUCUUUUGUGUGACGGCCCUUUAGAUAUCUGAAGAUGGCUAUUAUAUCUCCUCUCAGCCGCCUCUUUCCCAAGCUAAACAUACCCAGCUCCUUCAGCCAUUCUUCAUAACACUUGAGACCCUUGAUCAUCUUGGUUGCCCUCCCUUGCACACAUUCAGCUUAUCAAUAUCUUUCUUAAAUUGUGGCAUCCAGAACUGGAGACAGUACUCCAGGUGUGGUCCGACCAAGGAAGAACAGAGCAUAACUAUUACUUCCCAUGAUCGGGAAACUAUACUUCGGUUGAUGCUGCCUAGAAUAGCAUUAGCUUUUUUUGCUGCUGCAUCACACUCAUGAUUCAAGUUAAGCUUGGGUCCACUAAGACCCCUAGGUCCUUUUCAGAUAAUGAUUGUUUCCUGUUGUGUUUACAUGGCCUUUGGCCACAGUGAUUAGCAUAGUUGUAACUAUGGGAGAAUACAGGCUUUCAUGGCCACCAUGAAACAGCAUGGAUAUGGCCAUGUGACUUAAGGCAGAGCAACGCAAGAACGUCAACAAUUGCCUUGUGGAAGCAUUUCCUUUCUGUUUGUAUUUGGUAGGUCUUUUACAUGGAGCAGCUGCUUUGCUGUGUGGAAGCGCUCAUUGAUGUAUGCCAAGAGGACUGUAAAGAAGUAAGCCUUCAGCUGACGAAGGUUUUGGUAACGAUAACGGCAAUCCCAACUUCUGGACCCUUGCAUGUGAAGGUAACCUUGACAGAACCAUGCUGUAUGGUCCUGUGUUUUGAUUUUGUUUGGUUCCUUAAGUCAAAUGCCAUUGAACUUACUGGUUCCUUCCAGGUGUGGCAUCUUCAGACGCUCGCAAUUGAGCAGCAAAGACUAAAAAUAAAGCAGUCUGAAAAAUAGAAAAAUAAAAAUUACUGCCCGAAAAUGUACUAAGCUCGUGGUCAGCAUGGUUAAGCCUGUGCACCAUAUGUGGCUUGCCAAAGCUGGCCCUUUAUCCUCAGGACGUUGAACCGGUCGUCAUCCAGGUGUUGUUGGAUUCUACCUACCAUCAGCACCUACCAGCAUAACAAAUGGUCAUGAAUGACAGGAGUUACACACCAGCAUCAUUUGGAAGGGUCUAUAGGCUUCCCUGCUUUAGCGCACGAAGCUUUGUAGUGUCCCCAAGUGAUGAUAUAACAAAAAGCAGAGCUGCCUUACACCAAAUUCUAUCGGUGGUACAAUUUGGUUUUAUCUAACUGAUGGCAGCUCUCCAAGAUCCUCAGCAGGGCCUUUCCCAAACUGGCUACCUAAAAUCCUUGUAGUGGAGGUUUCAGGGAUUGAAUUGGGGAAUGUUCUGCAUGCGAAUUGUGUGCUCUAUCACCAAGCUGUGUCCUUUCCUAUAAGCCGCCAGACAAAAAGCUGAAAACCAAGACCUUUUUAAUUACCCUCACUAAUUACGCAGUGUACCAUGUUUCACGGCAGGAUUUCAGAGUACUAUCUGAGCUUCAUUAUAAAACCUUUAUUUGGAACUUCCCCGAAGGGAAAAGAUUAUCCAUAAAGAAGUGGUCUCAAAGGAUGGAUUUGUUUUAAUCUCUUGGAGCUAGCAUUGUGGAAAAAAGACCCAAGUGUGUGGUUUUUUUGCAAAUGCUGCAGAAGGCUAAAAAAUAAGAGGGGGGGGGAGCAACCACAAACCUGCAAGUCAGAGCAAACCCAAAAUAUACUUUGUACAGGGAAUACAUUGGGUAUUCUUCAGCCUAAGGUUAUGCAUUCUCUCAAAACCGUAAAGAAAUCAGCUGCUAAUGAUACUAGUCUUUUUUGUGCCAAUUGCGAUAACUCAGAAUAUGUUUUUUUAAAAAGUUUUCUUUCUGUACUUAGUCAAAGGAUACAGCAAUGUCUUUUCGGUAGCUGCCCUUUUCACCUCCACACCCAUCCUAAGUUUAAAAAUGUUUCAGUCAUUAUUUAAAAUCGGAGGCAACAGCCAAAGAUGCCUUUGAUAAAGGCUGGCCUUUUUUUCCUCCUGAUGGCUAUCUCCGAACCAUAAAUCACUUUCUUCCCAAGUCGGAUGCCAAAUAAAUCAGGCGGCCAUCUUUUCAUAGUAGCUCUUUGGUGGCCCAAGCAAGCUUUGUUGCCAGACUUGCUUCUUCAUUUACUUCUUCACUUACUUCUUCAUAAUGACUGUUUUACUUCCUGUACUGUUGCUCUAGGCAUGAUAAUCUCAGCUGGUAUUUAUGGCCCUUGUCACUGACAAGCAACUUCCAAAAAAGUCAUAAUUUUGAAAGUUGGUUUCAAAACUGUAAAUGUAAUGCACCUUAAUUUUGCAUUAAUUUAUACACAAAAGCUAGAAAGAAUACUUAGAGGUAUGGAGUCACGACGCUUGUACAAAGUCACAGGAAUCUCGUUUUUCAGUGUGGGGGGCCUGUUUGGUGUAUUUUAAAAGAAUAAAUUCCUGAACAACAUGAUUUUGAAGAAAAAUGGGUUGUCUAGACAAGUUGGAAGGAAAUGUUCAGUGCUGAUAGCAUCCAAAUAGAUGUCCUUUGAGAAAAUUGAGCCUUUUCCUGGUGAACAGUACAUUCAUUGAACCUUAAGAACCUCACCUUAACAUCUUUUCUCUCUUUUUUUGAGAAAAUCCUGAAAAUGGAUGACGCAUACUUUAUUAUCCAAGCAGUGCUCCCCAGGUAUAGUUGCUUUUGCAGCCUGAAGCCAAGGCUCCCAGAGACAGGCAGAUGUGCUCCAUUUGCUUAAUGUUCCCAGUGCAAGACUAGUGCAGGGAAGAGGGGUCCUGGUUGUUGCAGGGGAACUGACUAUCUAAAGAAGGAAGAAAGAAGUCAAAGUGGCAGUCGAAUGGAGGAGGACAGGAAUCUUAAGAAGUGACCAAAGCUGGAGCAGCAAUCUAAGAAGAAUUGACAGAGUGAUUAAGCAGGGAGUUGGAUAUGGGAUUUUCUUUUGUUGUUACUGUAAUAUUUCUUACCUGCCCUUCGUCAGCAGGUCCCAAGGCAGGUUACAGCAAUUUAGGCACACCAGAGUCGAGAUGAGAUAUCAGAGCAUAUAAAUGGGCUGCAGAAGGUUAGAUUAAAAAAAAUAAAACAGUUGUGUCUUGAAGGCAGACAAACUGAUCACUAGAAAAGGCGGCUGUUUAAAGGACCAUUUCAUGUGUGGCAUGAUCGGAAAAACAGCUAAACACUCUUUUUAGUCAGCUGGUUAAAAAUAAAUAAAUCAUGUUUUCAAGGCAUCAUUGUUUUUAACAGCCCAUUGUGUGAGGAUUCACACAGUGAGCUGGUUAAAACCAACACUUUCUAAACUUUUUUUGUCUCUCUCUCUCCCCCCCCCCCCCAGUUAGAAGAGGCAAUGGAUGCAUUGGCUCAGGUGCAGCACUUGGAGGGUGCAGUUGGCCUCUAUCAACAACAUAUAUCUCAACUUAUGGAAUGGGUAUCCUUAACUCACGAGCGUUGGACCUGCUUCUCUCCAGAAUUACUACAGUUUGAUGUGAUUGCCACUCAUUCAGGUAAUGUGGACUUAGCAGAGUUGGUAUGAAUGUGAACGAUCAUGGGUGAACACAAUAAUUCCAAAAGGAAUGAAGCCUCUAAAGUGAUAGGGAUAACAUAGGCUUAAUGCAAAUACAGAUUCCCCCACCUUUUAACCAUGAUUAAGAGAUCACUAGCAGCUGUGAGCUUCCUUCUCCCUUCGAUUGUGCAUAUUUCCCUCUAUCUUUUCUUUUGAAAUUUUUCCAUGGGGCAGUAUUGCAACAGGACCGAUGUUCAUGCUAACCUUGGUUUGCUUCAAACUGGUGUUUGCAACCUCAGCUUGAAGUAGGUUCAAAUAUUCUGGCACAUUGGAGUUUAUGUAUGUUUCCCAGGCCUUGCCUUUCCAAAAUCCAAAAGAAGAUGUGUUUUGUUCUUUUUGGCUUUCUUCCAUUGCAAGAAGGAAGAGUUUAAUUUAUUUUACAGCUUUUGUUUGUCUUCAGUGCUAAGCCUUUUGAUGCAAGGUAUACUAUACUACUAAUUCCUGCUAGUACAAAACAGUGUUUCCACUUUUAUUUUUUAGGCCCUAUGAUUGGCAAAGCUCUUCAGGAUUUUAUUCUCAUUCUUAAAACAUGUCUUCAGACAUCUAGAGAUCCCAGGAUGCGUCUGAAACUAUUCAGUACUUUAUCCCAGUUGCUUCAGAAACCAAAUGAGACGGUCAAUUCUCAAGGGUAAGCACCAUUCAGUUGCACAUAAUGGCGUAAAGCAUUAUGUUCAUGGUAAGCUAUUAGCUGAUUUCACUCACUUUGUUUAUCUCCUAGCAUGGGCAACAAACCAUGAUCCUUGGCUUAGCAUUAUGUCCAAAAUGGGAUUGUGGCUUGCUUAACUCAAACCAUGAUUGGUAGGCCAAAAACAAAGUUAGCUUCAAGUCAUGAUUUGUUCGGAGAGAGACAAACCAAAAGUCCAAAGUUUGUUGCUCUGGUUUGCAUUGGGGGUGGGGGUGGGGAGUAAAAUGGGUGCCAUUUAUGCAUUCACAACAAACAUUUAACUGUGGUUGACCAUGACAUGAGAACUCUAGCAUUGCCUGUUGUGUUUUCCAGUUGCUGUUUAAAGAGAAGAUGUGGUUUGGUGCUCUGUGUGAUGUGGUUAGUGCGUGAUGUUGAUAAUGCCAAAGUUGCAGGUUCAAUCCCCAUAUGGGACAGCUACACGUUCCUGCAUUGCAGGGGGGUUGACUAGAUGAUCCUUAGGGUCUCUUCCAACUCUGCAAUUCUUAGGUUCCUUCACAAUAACACCUGUUCUCAGAUGUUUCUAUUCUCCAUCUGUCUCAUAUAUAGUCCCAGUCAAAGGAAGUUGUUAUAGCGCACUGGCACAAAUUGUAUAAAAGCAAUAUAAGAUGUACCAAUAGGCCAAGUCCAGAAAUGGAAAAACCCAGAGACACAAUUCAAAGCUUACUGUAAACACAUCUUCAGUUAUGCCCAUAGUAACUCCAGCUUUCAUUAUGAUUUUAGAACUGUACUCAUGAUCAUGCAUGCCUAGAAGCUUGUUGUGUAGAAAAGGGACUUCCUAAGUUUACAGGUCCUUGGAUGGGAAUUUUCCAGUAAGAGGCCUUCCUUGUGUCUCUAGACACUUGCUUAAAUCGUAGAAAGCAUAUAUACUGUAGAGUGGAUUUGACUGAAUAAUGCUGUCCGUCCCCUGAUCUAUGAAUUCCCACAAUGUAUGGCAAUAACAUGUUGAAAUAUUGUUGCAUAGUGAGAUUUGAUUUAUUUCUGGCAGCAAAUGUAGACAUGUGCUGAAUGUAUGAUGGGGAAAUGAGGGUGAACCCCUGAGGUAGAUAAGGAUUAAAGGGGUGGGGUUGGUUUUGGGGAAAAGGCAGGAGGCAUUUUCAGAAGCUGCUUCUGCUACUCCCAACCUUAUGCCACACAUUGGACAUCCUCUGAAUCUUCAAGUGCUUGGACUGGAGCCAGCCUGCAAGUCCCAACACCUGCCUAAUCUCCUGGCAAGCAGCCAUUUUUUGCAUUGUAACCCUUGACAUUCUGCAGCCUCAGGUGGAGUUUUUUUGGGGGGGUGGGCGGGAGAAGGGAAGGAUGAAUUCUGAGACACUCCAGAAUAAAAUGAUGUCAGCGAUUGUACAUCAAUCUUAGUAACCAAGCUGGCCCAAAGACAAAAAUAGUUUAAAUUGGACUUUUUCAGGCACACAUAGAAAAAUCCCUAGGGCUGUUGUUAAUCUGGUAAAGUGGAGGCUAGGAAAUCUUAAACAGAAGCUGUAUUAACUGGAUUACAAAUGGUCAUGGUCUCCCUACCCCUCUCUGAAGUAGAACCUGUACUUUCGGAACAUUUAGAAACAAAAACAAAACUGCUUACUCUAAGAACAUCCCAUAAGCCAAAUAUAGCAGCAUUUUUAUGUAGGAUUGACAGUGGUUCUGUCCUUUCAACAGCUGUGGGACAGGCAAAAAUAAUUAAGCAUAGCUACACUCACUACUGUCUCCGUACUGGAAAAAGCUGCACCUGUUGAUUUUCCAUGUUGAAGUUAUUGUAACUGCAGUGCCUCUAUGCAAAAAAGCUAUCUUUGCAACCUUGUUUUCAUGAAACAUUUUCUUAAAGUAAUUCAGAGGAUCUGCAUGAAAGGAAUAGCUAUAGGAGCCAAUCUAUCGGGCUUAAUUUAAAAAUGAAGUAUUAUUUGAAGGCUGCAUUUCAACUUUUUUCUCGGGGGGUGGGGUGGGGGUGGAGUUAAAGAGGCUUCAUGUCUCUUAUUCUAGUAUCCUGCUUAAAUCCCCCAAGAUUUGCUGUUUUCAAGCACUAUCUUGAGGCCUGUCUUUCCCUUUGCUGGGGGUUCUCUUCAUCCAUUAACAAAGACAAAUUGAAAUCAUGUGUUUUUGCAUUAUGGGUAAGCCAUUCUCGGGGGAAGGGGCAUGAUUUCUUCAUGUUUUCACCCUUACAAUCACAGUAAUGGUGCUUUAUUGAUAAUUACUAAUAUUGAGAGCAAUUCAGGUCCCCAAUAGGAAGAGAAGGGUGCAAUUUAAGUCUCAUUUUGAGCAAAAGCCAGACACAUUCCCAUGUUGGAACAGCUACCACAUCUUUAUAAGCAAGUGUGCACUUUCUUUUAACCAUGCAAUAGACUUUAUUUUCUGGCAACUGUGUGUGUGAAUGGUUCAAAUUGACAGGUUGCAAUGUACCUUGUUAAAGCUCUUGAGCAGAUAUCUCAUUUUUCCGAACAAUUUGGCAGUGCUAUUCCUCUUUUGCCUCAAAGAUAUUAAAUAUAACACAUUUCUAAAUGCAUUCGUCUUCGCAGAGAGCAUUCCUUUGCCAGUGAGUAAGUGGCUCUGCUAAAACCCAUCUUUUGUGUUUUUGACACAUUUUAUUUAAGGGAUUAAAAGAAGCCAUUACCAAAAACGUGAAGGUUCUCAGGGGUCAUUUAGCAUAGACCACCUCGGAGCCAAACACUGGUUUGAAAUGACUUGAUGGAGGAAACGGCUAUAUAGCUUUUAAUAAUACAAUAUAAUACAAUCAGUAAUACAUUUUUUAAAAUAGAGGUGCAUUCAGGCAUGGUCACACGACCACCAUGUUUGUUGGAGUUUAUAGAAAUUGUAGGGCAUUGUGGCUCUUUGCCAAUGGCAAGCUGGCUAGAUGUUACACAGCUGUGUCAUGUGUAUGUAUUUUUUUUUUAAAUGUGGCCCAUAGAAAAUUUUAAUUAAGGUCUUUUUAUGUGGCCCUUUGUCACAACAGUCACAGGGCCAUUGUACCUCAAAAUAAAACACAACUAACACAAUACAAUCAAUGCAUUGUGCAGUCUUGGUAACAUGCAAAAAACAAUCCUGAAUAUUGCCAUGAGACACACAGUUGACCAUUUCCCUCCAGGCAGCUGAUGUGCACAUUAACUUCAAGCAAUUUCUGCACGCCCAUUUGGACCUUGAGUUGAUUUUGAUUUGAAGAUGUAAAUGCCCCAAUCCGGCUUGGGAGACCUGUGCAGAUAUCAUUUGCUGGUGGAAAUCCAGUAUGCGUUAAAUUGUGUAUCCACAUGUCAAUUGCAAUUCAUCUGCAUUGCAUUGUUUUCAGUAGCAUGCACAUUUGAAUGUGAAUCCUCAUUCUGGCUCAACUAGGCACAUCUAAAUGCCAUUUAAAAAGAGCUAGUGUUAGAAUGAGAUGAAAGCAUGUUGAGCUGUUGGUUUUUAUCUGAGCUUAGAGUUGUUUGCUGUCUUCACUACUAAUUCUUAAAUGCCACCUGCUGGAGGAAAAACAAUACAUAAGAUUGGGAAGUCUGUCUUGUGAGGGCCAACUAAUAACUGUUGGUAGCCAGUAGCUGCUUGAAAAUGCUACACAUGUAGGCUCCCAACCCUUGGGUAAUGCAGCCGGUACCAUGUGCAUAAUCAGUCAUUUUACACAUCACUGCAAAAAUGCUUUUCCAGUAUUUGCCAAGGAACACGCAACAUUUGAUCAUGCAUAGGGCAUCACUUGAGCAUGACCACUGGGUGAUAGGCAAGAUGUCAACACGUAGGCGUAUGGUUGCAUAAAUGAGCAUUUAAUAUUAAAAGCUUUUGCCGUUUUCAUACUUUCAAAGUUCCCCAAGUGCUACACCAAAGGUAUUGACCAGUAUAGGUUGGCCCUUAUCUGCUGCCAUAGAAACAUGGCAGGUCCCCAUUCUGCUGUCAUAAAAACAUAUCUGAAUAUCUGAAAAGUUAGUCCUGAUUCUGGCCUGUAUCACAGAGGAAUGUUGAUGCUUGAGAUUAAGUUCUGAGACAGGUAAAUGCUCCAUGGUUAGUUCAUUGUUUGAGAUCGACAAGAUGAAUUUGUAACAAUGGUAACUUCUUGUAUACUGGGGCUGUGGUCUUGCUUGCUGCACUCGCCAACCCCCCUGCCAUUGCCUCUCAGAGUGUCUCCAUCCUUGCUUUCCUUAAACUUCUGUCAUUUUUGUAAAAUAAAAAAAACUACUUUCCCCUCUCAGUGCCGCUCCCAAACCAUAGCCACUGCUGUAGUGCGAUCUUCACUUUUGCUCCUCUUCACUGCCCUGACUUCAUAGAAAUCCAGGAUUGUGAUGCAGCACUGGAAAUCCUCCAACAUGGGCUACACAACAACAUUCUUACAUUUUUAUUAUAUAGAGAAACAUUAAAAGCCUCUUCAAGUCAACUUGGAGUGGUUUGUUUCUGAGACACUAGAGUAAGGGGCCUGUUGGGAUGACAAGGAACAUACCUUGCAGAGCCUGAAGCUGAGAAAGAUUUCUGCCUCUCCUCCUCCUGAAAUGUUUAUACAAAGUCCACUUACUUUCCCUCAAAAGAAAUCUGAGUAAUGAAGUAUUGUUAACAUACACUGUCAUCAUACUAGAUUCAUUCUUUUUCUUUUUCAUGCUUCGUUCUUCCUGUUCUGGCUAUCUUGUUUUCAAGACUGAAAAUGUGCUUUUUCACCCUCCCAGUCAUUCCAUCACGUUCACACAAAGCUUCUUAUUUUGCUGCUCUUUGUUCUUGGCUUCAGGCAGUUUUGUAACUACCUUGAGAUCCUGAUAAAAGACAUCCUGGCUCCUAAUCUGCAGUGGCAAGCUGGAAGAACAGCAGCUGCCAUCCGCACGACUGCUGUAUCAUGCCUCUGGGCUCUUAUUUACAGUGAACUGCUUUCACCAGAAGAGGUAAACGUCCCCCUCCUCCCCUGACAGCCAUUCUGAAUAUUGUCAUCCAGAAAUGCAAAUCAUCUCUGUCUUUCUAUAAAUCAAAGCUCUUGCCAAAAUACAGCAUAGGAAAACAAGUUUAGAAUAUGGGUUUAGCCUGAAAAUUGAUACUUGGGUAGCAAGCAUUUUCUCAUUGGGUCACUCCUAACAUACAUAUUUUUGAUGGCGGGGGAGAGAUCUGCAAUAAAAAAGGCAGAAUUCUGAAACUCUUCACUUGCAAACAGGGCAGCGGCUAUUUGCAGGGGUGGGGAAGUAUUAUUAGAGAGCUGACCCCUUCUUUGAAUGUUGAAGGCUUUAUUUUAAAAUAUGUAAAUUUCUAGCCUCUUUCCAUAUGCCUGGAAGUCACAUGCAGGCAAUAUUCUGUCCAAUUGCUCAGUAAGAAGUAAAUCUGCUUGCACCUUCCAGCAUCCUGUCAAAUGAGAGAGCAAAGGCACUGGGCUAAGUGGUAAGUGAUUGGCCCUUAUAUUUAAUUUUAUUCAAAUCCUUUAGCGAGUGACUUUAAAUGCAUUGCUACCUGUAUUUAGAUCCUUGCUGUGUCCCACUGACUUCCAAAGUCCCCCUCCAGGGUCUUUCCUUUCCCCCUCUCCCACCCUCACAGGUCUGUCUGCUUCACAAAUAGUAUUGAUGAAAUAAUUUUAAAAGGUGGCCUUAGGUUUUAUAAUAUUGGAGCUUUGCAUUUGUAUAUUAAGCAACGCUAUCUAAAUCAUAAAAAUAAAGGGUUGGAGCUGGAAUAAGUUAGUCACCCCUAGGUCCCAUUGAAAUGAAUGUGAAAAGUGAGUAAUAAUUAACAAAUGACACUAUUUUAAUGGGAACUUGGUGCCACUAACAUAGUCUAGAUCCAGCCCAUAGUUUUUAAAGGAAAAAAAAUGCCCGACGCUUGGAUCAGUUCCUUUUAAAGUGGGCUUUAACAGAGGAUUAGACAAAUUCAAGGGGUAAAUUCAGCAGCUAUUGCCCAAAUAGCUCAAUAAAACUACUUUUGAGAAGCUAUGCUGCUGAAUAUCAGUUGCUAUUAGAUAACAUCAGAAGUCUGUUGCCUUAUGGCCCUUCUUGUGGGCUCCCAGGCGACUUCUGCUUGACCACCCAAGAAAGCAGUAUGUUAGACUAGAUAGAGAAUUUUUAUCAGCUUUCAUUAUAUUCUUUUGCCAUUUGCGUGAUCUGGCACUGACUUGAUCCUUGACCUAAAUGGUUUCUGCAAGCUGGUACACAUCAACUGUGCUGCAGCAGAAUAAAAUUGAAACAUGAUAUAGGAGCCUGAAAGGGUGUGGAGGAGACCCCUCAACUCAACAAAGUGCAAGGAGAGUUAUUGAUUGGGAACCACACAUGGUAACAGAGGUUUGUGUGGAAGAUCUGGAGAAUGAGAAGCUGCUACGCAACAAAAAAGGAGGCAGAUGAAAUAGUAGGCAAUGGCUGUUCAAAGGUUUCGUACAACUUGGGAAAGGAGUAACACUAAGUAUUCUCUGCCCCUAUCUCUGAUGUAGAGUUUGUGCACAAACCCUAACACUCCAUAUUUUUCUUUCUUUUGAGAUUUGGGUGGUCUGUUACAAAUGUAGUUUGACUUUUACUGUUUGUCUAUAUUUGGAUAUUGUGGCUGCUUAUGGCCAAGACAAUAAAACUCACUUGACUGAGAGACUAAACAGUUUGGAAGAUAGCUCAGAAGAUCCCUCUAGGGUGAAUGCAAGACAUGCACAUCCUUGCAUUUGUUAGAAUACAAAUGUUCUUCUGCAUACUUUACCCAAAAGCAGGCUGUGUAGUGUAGAGCAUGGUUUGCACCCUAGUAGAAUAUGUGUCACACCAGUACUAUAGCCAUGGUCCUCUUCUGCUUUUGCCUUAAGAUUUUUUAGAAAUUGAAAAGCUUAAGGGUAGAGGGUAUAUUGGUUGCAAGAUGGGGUUAAGGUGCGUCUUGGGUUGAAGACUCUUGGUUUAAGAGCUUAAAUUUGAACAUGAGCACCAUCUUCUGGAAUACUAAAGAAAUGCUAACUUUAAAUCAUUCAUCUCUCACUCCAAAAGUGUGCUGGUGGUAGCAGCCAUGUCGUAUGAUCGUUGGAAUUGCUUCCCUAGCCUUCAAAACAUGUGCCUAAUCCCCUGAAAUAUUUGCAUUGUGGUUUUAGAGAACUCUACUGUACCCCACGGAGCUGAAACGGCAGAUACACAGAAAAUGAAAAGGUCAUGAGGACAUGGCUGGGAUCCAGAGAGUUAGGCACAGCAAACGGGCGUGCAUGUGCCCAGGGGGAUUUCCCCCACUACCUUUCUCUGAUGCCAAUGCCAUAUCACAAACUGCUUUUGAUAGUUUCAAAAGCAGUUUGCCACAUCAUAGUUUGAGGAGUUCUCUGUGUGUGUCUUGUUUCUGUAUAGGAAACCCAAACUCAUCAUAACCUCCUCUUAGGGCCAGGCGGUUCAUAUUUUCAUCUGGCCAUUUUUAUUAUAUCUGCCAUUAAUUUAAUUGAACAAGCCAAAAGGGUAAAGCGAUUGAGAACAAGCUAUGUGAAUGCAUGUUCUCUCUCAGAAGCAAAUCCCCACAUGUCAAGCUGUUCGUUGUGGUUAAAGGAAAAAUCUGCUCAGUGAAUGAGCCAAGAAGACAAUGCUUUUCUUAAGAGAUUUACUUUAUUAGCAUCUGUCCCUGUCCUUGGCAUUUGCCUGCGUCCUGCAGACGUCAAUGAAUAUAAUAACAGACAAUAACAGAAAUCGAACUGGUUGCAACUGCAUUCCCCUUUUCUUAAGCUGGCGGUUCCUUUCCUUGGUUUCAGAUGCUGAAAGUUGAAGAUGUGCUGAUGCCCAAAAUAGUUGCCACACUGGAAGAAGAUUCCAAAAUGACACGCUUAAUGUCUUGUCGAAUAAUCAGCAUUUUUCUAGACGGCUGCGUAAAACAAUUUGAACUCAGCAAAAUUUAUCCAGGUAUGAUAGCCGUUGGUGGUGGUGGCCAAUCUUUCUGACUUCUCUUGUUUGAGAAUGUGCCCCUCAAGUUCGCAGGUACAGGUGCAUCCUCCUGCACCUUCUUAUGUUUUACCUUCUAGCCUGCUAAACUGUGGAGCAGGAGAGUGCAAGACAGUCUGAGUGGAGAGUGGACCUGACUGGUUACCAUAACCAGACCCAUAGGCAUGUACAGGUGUGAAGAGGCCCUCUUAGCCUCUGCUACUUGUGCCACCCAUUUCACAGUUUGCCCAUCUAGUUUACAUGGUGUGUUUCUUUUAAAUGAAGUAAAUACCCACAGUGUUAAAACUAAUUUCAAAUUUACAUAAUGACAGCUGACACAAGAACACUGAUUUCUUACCGCUCAUCUUACUUUUGGGGAAGCUGAAAGUAGCACAGGUGGGGUUCCUGUAUAGUUUCUCCCAUAGGCACUGACCAGGCCUGGGCUGAUUAGCUCCAGCAAGGUUUUUGCAUCGUGUGGCUAUGCCCUGAGCCACUUGCAGUUUGAUGAGAGUCGGAGCAAGUGCUGCUGCAUCUGCAAAAGCAGCUGCUGACCCCUGCAGAUUGAAAUGGUGUAAAACGUGAUCUCUGCGCAAACUUGUAUGGAGAACAGAAACAAGUGGUUCACACAUGUGAAGGCGCCCCUUUAAAGCAAUGACUCUGUUGGACUAUAUUUUUGAACAUAACUGAGCCAAGAAAAGGGGGGGGGAGCAAUGUAAUCUGCUAACCACAGGCAACAAUCGUGGUUUUGCUGGGAAGGACAGAUCAGUAUGAAGAGGAGCAACUGGGAAACCUGUGCCCCCUCAAAUAUUGUUAAGCUCCGUUUCUCAUCAGCCACAGGCAGCAUGGCCAGCAGUUGAGGAUGUGAGUCUAACGGAACCUGGAGGUGCACAACAGGUUCCCAUACCUGGCACAGAAUCUCCUUACCUUUUUGUUUUUAGUCAGGAAGUCAAUUGAAGAAAAUAAAGACAUUUUCACGUUGCUUUAUUGUGUUAAUUUUAUUGUAUAGAAUGUUCUUAAUUGGGGUGUGUGAGAGAGAGAGAGACACUACUAGAUCCUAGUCAGCAGAGUGUAAAUUUUAGGAACAAAAUAAGUUCCCUAUCUCUUUGCAACAUAAUUUCCAUUUGUUACUGAAUAUGGCAUAGUGUGCAUAUAGUAAACUUUUGGUGCUAUUGUAUCAUUUUUCAGAACUCCUAAAGCGUUUGGAUGAUUCAUCACAUGAGGUCCGACUAGCAGCUGCCAAUGCCUUGCUCAGCUGGUUCAAAUGUAUAAACAAUGACGAAAAGAAAGCCCUAUUAAAAACCAACAUUGAGUUCCUGUAUCAAGAACUGUUGGUUCACCUGGAUGACCCUGACCAGAAUAUCCAGUCUGCUGUCUUAGGUAAGCCUUUGAAUGAGUUGUCGCUUUGAUGUUUUUUUAAGAAGUUGGAUUAAGCACCUAUUUUCUGUGGCAGUAGUAGCUGUGACACCAAAUGAGGGUCAGAAAAGAGAGAGGGUUGCUUCAUCUUUCUGGGUGGAGGAGAGCGCUCUGGCAAUGUGAAGUAUCUUAAAUACUUGUGGGAAAUCAUGUUCUGUGUGAAAGGUGGUCAGCUUUGAGAAGGUAAGGUGUUUGCAAGGGCAGCAAGUAUCAAAGGAAGGGACUUGGAAGGAACUGGAAAGGAAGGGAUGAAGGAGGUUGUCUUUCCAAAGGUACAGAUAUACGAGUCCUGCUUAUACUAAAUCCCACGAGAAGUAAUUUCUGAAUAAAUGUACACAUGGAUGCCUUAGUUUGGCUAAUGAGGUAGGUGGGAAGAACUCUAUAAAAUAUGAGUUUACACUUUCCUUGUAGAUAUGGACUAAACUAAUGUCCCUUUUUAUUUGUUUGACUUGUCUGUAUUAGGAGUAGCUUCACCAAUUGUUGUGGAAGGUUUUAUUACUGUUGUUGAGAAAAUAAUUUUUCCAAGCUUUCAAUCUUUGUCUUUCAUAAUCUACUCACCAAAUGAUCGGUUUAUAUUAUUAAGACCUGUGCAAAAUGUCAUUUUAACUUGUUUGACACUGACUACAGGUUUUACCAAGCACUGUGUUUGUGACUGAAGCAUGCAACUUUAGGCUCAAAUUGCACUGAGCUCUUCUUGCAGGUGCGCCAAUGCAUUAAUACAGCAAGACUUUCCUCCAUUUCAGUGGAGGAAACAGCUCCUUUGCACAAAAUAUUCAAAUUUGCAUUGGUGUGUAUAUGGGGCUCGUAAUUGUGUCGGCUGCAUAAAAAUAAAAAGGAAUCCAUGGAGGCAUCAUUUUUUUCCUGAAAAAACUCCAGGAGGAUUUUGAGUUAUUUUUGCAACACAGGGAGAAACAAUGAAAAUACUUAAAGUUCAUGUGCUUUUAAAAGUUUUCUAUUUAUAUUUGGUAUGAUCAGCUUCAUAUUGUUUCUGAAAAAAAAUGCAUGCUUUCUAAGCUAAGAAGGCUCCUGUGUUUUUGGCAAACAGUAGGAAGUGAAGGACAAGCUGUUUUUGGUAACUGUAUAUAAACUUGUGUUUUGCAGAUAUUUUGAAAGAAGGAGGUGUUCUCUAUCCAGAUAGCUUGGCAAAAGAAAUUGAAGCAGUUGUGCGCAAACAUCGCUCUCCAGCCUACUGUGAUCAGUUGCUGCUGCACAUUGAAUCAACGGGCUGGAGAUACUCAGAAUCAUAA